AAAUACACGCUUACUUACGAGGGGGGCAAUUGGAAACCGGUGCGUCGGUUGCUCGCCAUUCUUUCCGGCUAAAAUGCAGUGACCUUCGGCGGCGGCGCAUAGGCUUCUCUUGGCCAAUGUUUAGUGAAAGUGAAGCCAGGGAGGUCCGCUGCACUUGCAGCUUUUGGGAGACUCGCGAAGCUGGCGAUUUUUCAGUCGGCUCGCGACGAAGAGUCCACUCCUGCACGCGUGAUUUAUCGUUGCGCGCCGCGCGCGGGAUUUGGAAAGCGCAACGACGGACUCUUCCACGUAGCCGACGUUGUCUAGUCGAAGCGGCGAUUUGUGCUGAUGCUGGUCGCGUAGUUCGGCUUGGGAAUUGGCUUGUUUCCGUGUGUCUCUUGCGCUAUUGUUUGGAGAGAGUUUUGUUUUUGGAGCAGUUUCACAAUGCUGCUACUGUUUGUGGGGUGUGUGGUGCUCUUCGCGGUGAAGCUGAUACUCGAUUGGAGGAGAAAGAGGUUGAAGAAUUAUCCUCCAGGACCACGAGGUCUGCCCUUGAUCGGCAAUCUGUUGCAAGUAAGUCGUUUGAUCCGAGAGACGCGUUUCCACUGGGGUGUCUGGCGUGAACUAGCCGCUCGCUACGGUCCCGUAGUUCAGGUUCGUUUGGGCCUGGCUAACCCGCUGCUCAUCGUGUCCGGUCGCGAUGCGGUUCUCGAUUUCCUGGGCAGACGCGACUUUGACGCCAGACCAGACACCUUCGAGAUCAGACAUCGUAGUUUCGGCAAAAAGCGGGGCAUCGUACUUAACGAUGGACCAGACUGGACUGAGCAGAAAAGAUUCUUACUCAAGGUUCUCAAGGACUUUGGAUUUGGCAAGCAAAGCAUGGAGGAUUUAGUGCUGGAAGAUGCAAGUAUGUUAUGCAACAUACUGAUGGAUAAAAUGCUCGACACCACCAUCGAUGUUCAUGAUUUCAGCGAGGUGACCGCUAUUGCCGUCAUCAGCAGUUUGUGGAAUUUAAUUGCUGGUAGAAGGUGCGACCCGACAGAGAAAGAAUCCGAAAUGGUAGAGAUCUUGCGAAUUCUCAAAGAAUCAUUUCGCAAUGGAAGCGCAACAGGUUCGCUGUGGCAGCAUAUUCCCUUCUUACGUUUCAUCAUGCCGAAGUACUCGGGAUUCGCCGACCAACAGCAAAGAGUAUCGGCGAUGUCUAAUUAUUUUUUGGAUGAAGUUGCUAGGCACAAACAGAAUAAAAAACAAGGAGAGUCUAAUGAUUUGAUCGACAAGUAUCUUGAUGAAAUCGCAUCUCGCAAUAACAAUGAGUCUUCAUUUGACGAGCUCCAAUUAGUUGUUCUUCUGAAAGACUUGUUUUCUGCUGGAAUCGAGACAACUUCAAACACAAUUGGUUUUGCUAUAUCGUAUUUAGCAAAAUAUCCGGAUACCCAGACGAAAAUUCAGGACGAAUUGGACCACAUCAUUGGGAGUAUUGGAGUUCCAAAAUUAGUUUACAAAAAUUCACUGCCGCACUUAAACGCAACAAUCGCCGAAGUUUUGAGGUUAGCGAACGUCGCACCGACAACAAUAGCUCAUCGCGCGGUUGUCGAUUGUUCGCUAUUGGGUUACGACGUCGAGAAAAAUUGGUCGGUAAUUGGCAAUCUGCGCAGCGUUCACAUGGAUCCGGAUCACUGGGUUGACUCCGAGGCUUUUCGGCCUGAACGUUUCAUCGACACUCGUGGGAAAUACGUGGAGGAUCCCUGGCUCAUGCCCUUCGGAUCGGGACGCAGGAAGUGCAUCGGUGAAAACUUGGCGAGGAUCAGUCUGUUUCUCUUCUUGGCAAGCCUGCUGCAAAAAUUCCGAUUCGGCCUGGCGCCUGGCGAGACAGCGCCCUGUUUGCUUGGAGUAAACGGGUUCACUGUCUCGCCACCACACAUCAACAUUGUCAUAACGUCACGCUGUCACGACAAGAAGUAAAUUAAACGGGACUAAUGGCUUUAGGUGUACUGCGCCGCUUGAUUUAUAACAAGUGCGAUGGCAAAUUUCAACGAAGAUGCAAGCGUAUAAAUAUUUCGUCGUUGGCUUAUUUUUUAAGGAGAAUUCUUCUUUCAUUAAAAAAAAACGGUAAUUUAUUUUGAAUUCUAGCUUUAAUUCAUAAAAUCACGGUUCUAAUAAUAUCGUCAUUUUUAAAGAAUACUAGGUAACUAUAAGUAUUCUUUCACUCAGAACGACGUCAAAAGGUGCGAAAAAUGACUAAUUAAGUUAUUGAUAAGCGCAUCAUUUUUCAAACAAUAUGAUUCAUUCCUAUAUAUAUUAAGAUUUAUUUUUAGGUAAAAAACGAAGACACAGAAUAAUACUCAUAGUUAUAGUUAGAAUAGUAUUGAUUAGAUUAUAUACACAUUAUUAUGUAUUUCUUUUUUCGUUAAUUAAUCAAAAAAUUUGUGCGUGAAUAAAGUACUUAUCAUUCGCUACAGAA